AUGAGCCUCAUCCAGCUAAAUACCAUGGACAUUCUGUCCUCUGAUCCUUUCAGCCAUGCAGAAGUUCUGUACGACCAGCACUUGGGCGACAUUGAGAGCUUGCUCCAUGGAAAUGACCUAGAGGUAGAAUGGCCGGCGACGCCGGCACAAUGCCAGAUCCUGGAGUCGGACGAAAUGCCCUGGUGUAAGAUAAGCCUGAUCCUGCCUCGGCAGUCCGCCCCCGAUGCGAAGCGAAUUCAGUCCUGCUGGACGCAGAUCUGCUCCCACCACUGUGGCCUCCGUACGGUCUUCCGUUCGGAUCCCCGAUCGGGGCAGACGUAUCAGCGGGUGGUGUAUCGUACUCCGGAAAUCCAGUGGGGUACUAAGGCGAUUGGGAGUAGUGCCUCUUCCUCCAACUCAUCAUUGGCGGAUGUUCCAGCGGACGAUGAUCUGGCACAGCUGAUCGUCUGUCGCGACCCCAGCACCGGCAGCUAUCGCUUGACACUCCGUGCACGGCGUGCAGCUGUCGACGGUACUUCGCUGGAGAUUAUCAAGCGUAACUUCGUCCUGCUGUAUUGCGGGUUACCCUUGCCGGAACACACUCCGCUGGCGGCGUACCAACGUUUCCUCAAAGAGACAAAAGACACUACCAGCAGCAUUGCGUUCUGGAAUGCUCAGCUCAGUGGUGCCGUACCAGCUGUCGCUCUUCCCUGGGAGACAGGACUAUCGGAUGUGACCGUGUCUCAAGACCGUCAGGCUCUUCGCCUCCAUCUCGAUGACAAUUCCCACCCAGGGCUAUCUCAGAUUGAGCAUGCCUCUGGGCUUCCACGUAAACUCAUCUUUGAAACCCUCUGGGCCUAUGUCUUACACUGCCAUUCCGGUGCCAGCGAUGUUCUCUUCGCGGCCGUGGAGCGCGAUGCGAGCUUCCCAGAUGCUGCCUCGUGUGUGGGAUACCUCGACCACACCUAUCCCGUCCGAUUGUCGGUGUCCAGCGAGGAGACGUUCGUCGGCUUGUCCAGCCGCCUCACCACCUUCCAUCAGUCCGCAUCACCGCAUGCCUACCUGGGAUACAACGCUAUUUCCCAGGAGCUCACAAAACCCCUUGAGUCGGUUCUUAGAUACUCUCCAGAUCCGAAUGGACCGAUCCUAGCUGGGCAGUUGGCACCGUUUCCUCUGGCAAUGUUCAUUAAUGGGACCGGUGUAAUCACUUUGACACUGUGUCACUCGCCCCUCACGGCGACCGCAGAUGCCCAGCUGCUCCUCGAACAUUUCUCCCAGGCCCUGUACAGUGCCCUCAACAAAUUUUACCUUCCUCACGCUCGUCUGGAGGAGAUCGAACUGGGCUCGCGGGAGGAAAAGCUGGCUCAGGUGCAUACAGCCAAGGCGUUGGCUCGCCAGCACCAAAUAUCGACCAUCCCCCGUCUGUUUGAGGAACAAGUCAUGUGCAGCCCUAAAGCCGCCGCGGUACAGUUUGAGGAGGACGCCCCACUCAGCUAUGCGGAGCUCAACGCUCGCGCGAACCGGAUGGCACGCGCGUUGCCUCCACUCAAGGGCAAGGUCGUCCCAGUCUGUCUCGACCGCUCGCCCGACCUGAUUAUCACUCUACUUGCCAUCCUGAAGUCUGGUGGAGCAUACACGGUACUUGAUCCAGAGGGACCCAUUGAAAGGAACAUUCGAAUUAUCGAAACAUGCUCCGCGACUACGGUUCUGGCGAGCCGUCGUCAUGUAUCUUCGUAUCCUAGUGCGCUGGCAAUCGAAGACCAUAUGGUUGCCACAGAAAAAGUAGAAACGUCUGCAAACCUGGAUAUCGAAAUUGGAAGUGAGGACCCAUGCUACGUGGUGUUCACUUCCGGUUCGACUGGUACCCCGAAAGGUGCGGUUAUCACUCACGGGGCGGCUACGAAUGGGAUGGCGUAUCAUACCUUGAAUGGCAAAAAGCGCUGGCUACUGUUCUAUAAUCCAACCUUCUCUGCCGCACAGCGGACGAUGCUGUCGACUCUGACCCACGGCGGCACUCUCCUUUUAGCCAGCAAGCAAAGGCUGACGACGCGCCUGGCUGACACCAUCCGCACCAUGCAGGUGGAUGCCCUCGGGAUCACACCGUCGGCACUGUCUCUCAUGGAGCCCAGUGAUGUACCCCACUUAAAACAGGUCACGCUGGUGGGUGAGAGCAUUCCCCGCGAGCUCGUUACCACCUGGGCAGACCAUGUCGAUCUGCGGAACACAUUCGGUCUGAGUGAAUGUGCCCAAUUGAACUUCGGAAAGCGCCUCUUGCGCAGUAGCAACCCUGGCAUUGUCGGACGCCCCACGGACACUACGCAAGCGUAUGUCUUAAAACCCGGCACAACCGAGCUGACCCCGAUGGGCGUCGCGGGCGAGCUGUGCCUGGCGGGACCACAUGCAGCGGCCUUCGUGGAAAACCCCUUCGGCAAGGGACGCAUGUACCGGACGGGGGAUGUUGCUAGGAUCCAUGCAGACAGUUCUAUUGAGAUCCUAGGCCGCAUGGACUUCCAAGUCAAGCUCAACGGACAAAAGGUCAAUCCGGCGGAGGUGAACCGGGUUCUAUCCCAACAUGAAGCUGUUCACAGUUGCGCGACGGUUGCCAUCGAGAUGCGAGAACGACUCAUAUUGGUGGCAGCAAUCGUCCCCGCUUCCGGAAAUCGGUGGAGCAGCAUGGUUUCCUCGAUCCGUGACCACAGUAAGCAGAAGCUGCCGGCUUACAUGGUCCCUUCCUUGUGGAUGCAAAUGUCCAAACUUCCGGCCAAUGGCAAUGGGAAAGUGGAUGUUCGCGCCAUUGAGCGCGAAGCACUUGCAAAAGGGUGGGAAGGCCUGGUUGAAGCGGCAGCCUCAGACGCUGCUAUAGAGGCUAUCACCGACCCAACCGAACAGCAGAUCGCGAGUGUCUGGGCCGACGUGCUUGCGCUGCCGGAGCAGUCUAUCAAUCGUGAAACCUCCUUCCUCUCGCUGGGAGGGACUUCCAUUGAAGCUAUUAGAGUCACUUCGGAGUUGCGGAAACGCGGAAUUGCCAUUGAUCUCGGGGAUGUACUCGGCAACGCUACCUUGAAGGAGACGGUAUCCUACGUGACAGUGGUGGUAGAUAGCAAUAAUGACCUACAACCAUUUGCCCUCGUUCAGGACCCCGAGGUGCGGCAGGAACUCAAUGCCGAUCCCAACGUCAGUGAUGCAUAUCCAGCCACGCCUUUGCAAGAAAGCCUGCUGGCUAGUCUGGGCGAGGACCAGGGAAUGUAUACUUACCAAAGGACGUGGGAUGUUGGUCAUCUUGAUAUCCACAAGCUGCAAGAGAGCUUUAGCACCGUUCUCGAGUCGAGCGACAUCCUCCGCACAUCGUUCAAGGCCCAGGGCCGGAGCCUACUCCAGGUGGUACGAAAUGACAUUGCUUUGCCUUGGGUUGAGUCCACGGCAGACCUUAGUGAAUACCUUGCACGAGAUAAGCAAGAACCAUUCUCCCUCUCCGGCCCCUUAUUCCGAGUGGCUAUCGUCUCUGGGCAAGUUCUUGUUGUCACUAUGCAUCAUUCCCUGUUCGAUUACUGGUCGCAUCGCUUCGUGUACCAGGAUGUUGCGGACGUCUACCUAGGUCUUCAAGUCCGCCCACGACCGCAGUUCAAACAGUUUGUAAACCAUAACGCAACUACAUCGAUAGUGGAGCAUGAUCGCUUCUGGAGGACGUAUCUUACCAACACGGAACCAAGCGUUAUCAACACGGUGCCCGUGGCUCAAACAUCCGUUGCCCAACGCAGGCUUCCCGAGGGUCCUCUUCGCCGGUCGCUUCAACUCCACGGGCUCUCACUAGGCGCUGUCCUUUAUGGAGCGUGGGCUAUUGUACUAUCGAACCACACUCGCCAUGCUGAUGUGAUAUUUGCGACCACUCUCUCCGGUCGGGAUGUUCCUGUGCUUGAUAUUGACCGUCUGGACGGUCCUACACUGACUACAGUGCCUCAGAAAGUUCACGUGGCGCCCGAGAGUACACUCUUACAGCUAGCCCAGACCGUGCAGGCCAAUCUGUUCAAAUUAUUGAAGCACUCGCAGCAUGGUAUGCGUAAUGCCCUUGCUGCGGGAAACCUAACAGCGAGUGGCCUUGACACAUUGGUCAACAUCCUGGUGAAAGACCAUGAUGGGGAUCAAGUCAACCAGAUCUUUCAGCGCUACGGGGAUCGAUCCACUUGGGAAUCUGAAUUCACAACUCUGGAAGUUGAGAAUGACCAUGAGACACUCGCCUUGAAGCUUUCUUCAAAGAUGGAGCCUCGCCGUGUGGAGUUCCUCCUUGACUCCUACGAAAAGGUGCUCCGGGAAUUCAUGCAGACCCCAAUGCAACGUAUCUCGACCCUGGACAUUAUUGGGGAGGCAGAGAGCGAAUUUCUGUAUAAUGAAAUCUCAAACAGGAAGAGCCUCCAUGUACCACGUCCUUCACUUCUGCAUGCGAGCUUUGAGGAUCACGCCCGAGCAUUUCCUGACACCCACGCCAUCGACUGGGAUGGAACGAUUCAGCUAUCAUAUGCAGAGCUGAACGCCCGCGCUAAUCGCGUUGCUCAUUACCUGAUCCAAAAGGGAGUGCGCGUAGGAGACACCAUUCCUCUCAUGCUGGAGAAGUCUAUCGAUACUAUAGUCGCGAUAUUUGGUGUCAUGAAAGCUGGGGCCGCAUAUGUCCCUUUGAGCCCUGAUAAUCCGGUGGAUCGCAACUCAUUCAUUAUUGGCGAUGUUAAGGCACGGAUGAUACUGACCCAAGGCGAUUACGCCGAGAUGUUCUCUAGUAUCCCUAAUCUGGAUAUCGCUCGGAUCGACACUCCAGAGAUCGACCGGUUCCCUGCCUCUCCUACUACAGUUCAUACAGUUCCUGACAAUACCGCGUAUGUUAUCUAUACUUCCGGGAGUACGGGCAUGCCAAAGGGUGUACAGGUGCCCCACCGUGCUGCAGCGGCGGCUGUCAUCAGCAUGGCGGUUGCUGAAAGCAGAUAUUCUGGCGAGUGGAGGACAGUUCAGUUUGCCAAUUACGUUUUCGAUGCCUCGGUGCAGGAUAUAUUUAACACUCUCAGCACCGGUGGAACUCUGUGCAUGGCGCCUCCUGACAAGAUGCAGUCGGACUUGCCAGGAGUCAUCAACGCAAUGUCAGCCAAACAAGCUAUCCUCACUCCAACGGUCGCAAAGCUACUUGAUCCUAGCGAGGUGCCCUCUUUCGAAACAUUGAUAGUGGGCGGAGAACCUCUUACGUCAGAUGUAAUUGCACGCUGGAGCCCGGGCCAUCGGAUCCUUAACGUCUACGGCCCUACGGAGACCUCCAUGGUAAUCACGACGAAAGAGGUUGAUCCUAGCGGUCGUCCGAGCAACAUCGGCGCACCUUUCCCAACAGUGAUGGCUUUCAUCCUGCACCCCGAGGGCACUACUAUGGUACCGUAUGGCUCGGUUGGUGAGCUUUGUGUGGCUGGGCCCCAGGUCACCGAUGGGUAUGUAAACCGCGAGGACCUUACCAAGGCCGCGUUCAUGGAGAAUGUAUUGGGCACCGACCGCAUGUACCGAACCGGAGAUCUGGCGCGAUGGCUCCCUGGUGGCGAGCUGGAAUGCUUGGGCAGAAAGGAUAACCAGGUCAAGAUCCAUGGCCAUCGCAUCGAGCUGACGGAAAUCGAACAGGCGAUUUUGAAGACUGGACUGGUUCAAGGAGCAGCCGUCUUGGCAGUCAACCAUAACGGCAAGAAGCAACUCGUUGCGUUCUGCAUCUUUGUCGCUGGCUCCUGUGAAAUUCAGGAAGCCGAUGACUAUCAGGCUCAUGUUAGAGACCUGCGAGCGGGGCUGAAUACCCUGGCCCACUACAUGAUUCCCAAAUAUAUUCUCCCAGUUGGAGACUUCCCCAAGAUGCCCUCUCGCAAGACCGAUCGGAAGCUUCUCACCAAGUGGGUUGAGCAGUUGGACACACUUACCAUUAGCCAGUAUUCCUUCGAGGGUGACGGAAACCAACAUGAGGUUGUUCCCGUGGAGACUGAGGAAGAGUCAAAACUGCAAGAAAUGUGGUCGAAGGUUCUUGGUCUCCCCUCAUCUGGCAUCGGGAAGAAGGCCGACUUUUUGUCUCUGGGUGGUGACUCCAUUGCAGCCAUCAGCCUGGCUAGUGCUGCUCGCAGUGCUGGAUACCUCCUUAGUGUGAAAGAUAUUCUGAAGAACCCGAUCUUGGAGAAUCUCACUCCAAUGAUGCGCCUUGACACAAGGGGUGCUCAAGUACUGAAGCCGAGCUACAAGGCCCCAGCCAGUGUGCUGGAUACCAUUCACGAGCAUGGAUUGACGAUCGGUGAUAAUGUUGAGUAUGUGUACCCAUCUCCUCCAGGACAAGUCCAGUUCCUUGAGGAGGGUGACCGCCCCGAACAGAUGUGGGUGCUCAUGGCCGUUCGUAAAAUGCCCAAAUCCGCCAGUUACCAGGAGUGGGUGCAAAACACUAGUCGCCUCACGGAGAUCAACGACAUUCUGCGCACAUCCUGGCUUCGUACCUCGGAGGCCCAGUGGGUGGGUGUUGUCAUAAAGCACGCGGGUUUGGACGUACCCAUUAUUCCCUGCGACAGCGAGGAGAAACAGUCGGAAAUCAUCGAGGAGUUCUGGAAUGAGCGCUUUCAAUUUGGAAAGCCUUUCAUCAAAUAUGCCAUUCUUCUGCACUCCGACGAUAGCUGGGAUGUGGCCAUCAAAAUGAACCAUGCUGCUUACGAUGGAACCUUGCUUCGCACAUUUGAUGAUCACUUUGCCGCCAUCCGUCAAGGCACGCCAAUCCCCAGCCAUGGAGAGUUUAAGGACUUUGCCAAUUUCAUAUACCAGUCAGACAAGGACGCAUCACUGCGCUUCUGGGCCGAAACAAUGAAAGACAAGCAUUACACUUGGCCCCAGGCAGAGAGCCCGAAGAUCACCGCUGCUGUUCGGGAGAUCAUCCCCCGAAACCUGGAAUCUGUGGCUCGCGCACAGGGAGUAACCGUCCCGAUUCUCUUUCAAGCCGCCUUCCAGCUCUGGCUUUGUCGCGCAAGUGACCAGAACGAUGUCAGCUUCGACUAUCUCCUUAGCGGCCGCAACGUGGACAUGGCCGAUGUCGAUCCUCAGACGAUCAAUGGCACCUUGGCCAACUUUCUUCCGGUCCGUGCGCAGAUUGAUCCUCAGAGGGCCCUCGGUGACUACUUGGAGAGUGUACAGGACAUCUUCUGGGGAAUCACCGAACAUGGUGAUGUGGGUCUGCACGAAAUCUUCCAUGCAGCUAGUCUGUCGCGGACUACCGCAAGCAACCGUUGCCUUUUUCUCUACCAACCAUUUGAACCUGCGUCGAGUAGUGAGGAGUCCGAGUCCGAUCGGUGGCUGGUCAUGGCGAAAUCUAAGGUUCGGAUGUACCAGCCAUACGCUUUGGUGGUGGAGGUCGCCAAGGCACUUAACAACCGGAACAGGCUCACUGUCAUGUAUGACGCGGAUGUCUUCAACGAGGACGGUGCACAACAGAUCGCAUCUGAGAUUGCAGCCCUGGUGGACCAGAUUGCGGAUCUUUGCGGGCAAAAUGUAUCCCUGCAGCAGCUUCUUCAUUGA